CAAAAAGAUUGUGACACAGAACACAAUGACGCGUCGAUGAAGUUUGAGCAAUUUAUUAUUCCACCAAUAUGAACGGUGUAGCAAGGGUAAUUAUAUGUGUAUUAUUUGUUAGUUCGAGCGCACAUUAUCAAAAAAUUGCAAAAAAGAGAGGUGAAGUUUCGUUUGAUCAAUAUUUGCGUUACCAAGAAAUUCAGGAUUACUUAAACAGACUUAAUGUUACGCAUAAUAAAUUAGUAGCGGUGAUAAAUUAUGGGGUUUCGAACGAAAAUCGCAAUCUAACGGCGAUUAAAAUAUCAACUGGGGGACGAAAUAGGAAACCGUUAAUAUUUGUCGAUGCUGGAAUACAUGCAAGAGAGUGGAUCUCACCCGCUCAGGCACUUUACCUUAUUAAUCAGUUAGUUGAAAAUCCAAACGCCACGUCCUUUAGUAGAAAUGUUGAUUGGUUAAUUAUCCCUUUAGUUAAUCCUGACGGAUACGAGUACACACAUACCGCUGACAGAUUCUGGAGGAAAAAUCGGGCUAAAGGGCGGUUGUGUCGAGGUGUCGAUUUAAAUCGUAAUUUUGAUUUCCAAUGGUCCCAGGCAGGUGCAAGUGACGAUGAAUGUUCCAGCACGUAUGCGGGGCCACGCGCAUUUUCAGAACCUGAAAGUGUGGCUCUAAGUACACUAAUUGCUGAAAAUGCGCACCGCAUAAAGUUGUAUGUUAGUUUUCAUGCGGCGGCUCAGUCAAUUUUAUAUCCAUGGGGUUACACCGAAGGUUUGCCUAACAAUGGAAGAGAGUUACAUAAAUUAGCAGCACAAGUAUCGGACGCGGUUCAUCAAUUGCAUGGCACCGAGUACAGAGUGGGAACCUUCGCAAAUAUUUUAUAUUUGGGGUCUGGAACGAGCUGUGAUUGGGCAUAUAGUGUUGCAAAUGUAAAACUAGCAUACACUAUUGAAUUACGAGGAUCAAAUCUCACACAUAAAAGUCGUUUUGAAAUUCCAACAAAUAAUAUUUUUACUGUAGUGUCUGAAAUGUUUGAAGGACUCAAAGCGCUGCAUUUGUAUGUGGAAUGGAAAAACUCGCCAUAUGACCCAUUUAUGAGUAGGCUGAAGCGAUGGAGUCUAUUUGUAUGAAAUCGUACUUGUUUUUAUUUAAAUAUGUCAAAUGUUGACGUAACAAAAUUAUA